AUGGCCCACGUCUACAAGUGUCGUUUAUGCGAUAGUGAGUAUCGCGAUCAGUUUUUCGUCACCAGCAUAUUCUCCGAGGAGGGCCGUAAGCGAGAAUUCGCUGCAAAAAUAUUCUACACGCUCUGGAUAUUGGUAAGUAUAUGUACGCAGUGGUGGUUUUAACCAAAGGGGGAUGCCAGUGGUGGAUUUAUUAGAUGCUUGGUUUCAAAUGCCAUAAAGAUGAUUUCAGGUUUGGGAAAUACUUGAUUGAAACAAGAAUGAAACAUUUCUCAUUUAUAAAUUUUAAUAAAUAUUCUCACAAGGGUAAAUAGAAUUAUGAAAAACUAAGUGAACACAAUUAAUUUGAAAAAAUAUAAUAAAAUAACAUAUUUUUAGAAUAAAAAUUGGAAAUGAUUAAUUUAAUUUAAAUUUUAGAUUCUGAGUGUAGUGAAGAAUAUACCUAUUGGAUUUACAAUGAUGUUCUUUUUUCUUUGUUUUAUACUGUGAUAAAAAUUUCUACCAGAAAUCUUGUUUCAAUAUGUAAAUGUAGCACCUAUUUUAAAAGAAAAUAUUGUUAUAUUGUCUAGAUGAUACUUUAGAAAGGUAAUUAUUUGAUUUUCCAAGCAGUUUUCAUAAUAUCAGUAAAACCCAGAAUAAAACGUAAGAAAAACGGGGAAAUUUACGAAAAUAAUGUUUUUAUUAUUUUUAAUUUUGGUUUUUGUUGUAAUACAAUUAAAGAUAUUUGUAGACUUGAAAUUUGGAAAAAAAAAUGUAUGUCUUCUAAGCUUAUAUAAGUUGAAAUUACAUCAGACAUAAAGGUUUAAAGUUUUUGUUGACCAAAGCGGCGGUAUUCAUUGUUCGUCCCCCCCCCCCAUGGAAUUUACCCGAACACGUGCCUGAGUUUCAAUCCAUCAUUUAAUUCGAGGAUCAUGGGCCUUAUCAUUCACUUUUAUACUAUUAUUUUAUUAAUAAAUAAAAAUCAAACAAUAAAUAUUAUUUGUAUUGGUAUAUACAUAAUAUAUAACAAAAGAGCCAAGGGUGGGGGCGAACGUCCCUAUAGCCCCACUCUAAAACCCAGCACUGUACACGCGUUGAAUAGAACAUGCAUUUUUUUGUAUUAAUUUAUUUCUGUGAAAAAAUAUCAGUAAUAUUAGGUAACACUAUGUAUAGUUAUUCCUAUUUUGGAUUCCGAACGUAUCGAGGGAGCUAUUGGUUUUACAAUGCUGUUUAUUUCUUCUUCUUUUUCUUUGUCCUAUUCUGUGAACACGUUUUUCCCUAGUAAACUUGCUCCAAUUUUUACGUGUAGCAACUUUUAUGAAAGCUCAAGUUGUCUAUAUGGUACACUAUAGAAAGGUAAUUUUUCGAUUUUCGACGCCAUUUUUAAAUAUAAGUACUUAAGUGGGAAAAAACGCAGGGAAACGUACAAUUUCAUGAUUUCAUUAUUUUAUAAAAUCACGAACGACGUUUUCUACUAGAAAAAUGAUUUAAUCGAAAAAUCAUAUGAUACAUUUUUUAUUGCCUUUUUGACUUACUUUUUUAAGGUAUAAUUUCUAAAACUUUUGAGCUUUUAAGGAGUUUUAAUUUUUUUACUGUAAUUUGGUUAUUAAUAAACGUAGAGACUUGAAACUUGGUAAUAAUAGUUAUAUUGGGCUGCUCCCAUUCCCAGUAUCAGUUCUUUUUUUUUAUUUCUGGGAUCCAUUGAUUACACACACAUACACACAAAUAAAACGACUUUAAGAAGACAUACCCGUAUCUACUAUCUCAGUCCAACUACCGUAUAACAUGCAAAAACAAAAUGCUUACGCAGAAUAAGUAAAACAAGCUUAGUUUUGAUUUUAGAGUAAAAGUACCUAUUAUGAAAUUUAAAGAUAACAAUAUUUUGCAGGAAAUUUCAUACCGUUUUGUAUUAUUCAAAACAUAGAGCUCGACAUAAAAAAAACAAAACCUGAUUUUUUUUAAAUAACAGUACUUAUUUUAAUUAUUCAUAGUUCAAAAAACACCUAUAUCAUUUCCUACAAAAUAUAGUUCUCUAUACACUUCUUAUCAGGUACUUUUACUCUAAAAUAAAAAUUAAGCUAGUUUUACUUAUUUUGCGUAUUCUUUGUUUUUGCACUUUACCAGAUGGUUGGACUGAAACAGUAGAUAGGGUAAAUCUCCUUAGAAUUAUUAUCCUUAUUUUUUUUUCUUGCAAUGAUUUAUUGUAAUUAUUUUGUUUAUGAAUUUAUUUUUAUAGAUUAUUGAAGAAGAAAAUCCUCUGUAUAUUUGCCGCAGUUGCAUUAAAUCUGUCGAACAAUUGUAUAGUUUUAUUGUAAUUUGCCGAUCGAAGAACACAAAAAUAAUGGAAAGACUGAAAAUCCCAGACUUUCAUUAUCACUGGACUUUGAGAAAAAAUCCUGGUUACUUGACAAAGCCGAUUAGUUGGGUAAGUACUUGUAUAUAUUAUACAAUAUAUUGUAUUAAUAAUUUAAGGUUGAAUAUUGUAUUCAAUCGCGAAAAAACCUGUAUAAUACCUACCCGUCAUAUUUACAUUAUAUUAAUCUAUAGAAUAUAAACCUUAAUUCUUAUUAUUUUGGUACAGUUUUUCAAUCAUCUUCACGGUAAUGAUUUGUACGAAGCGACAACGCAAAUAAUGCGAAACGAAUCGUUACCAAUGACCAAAACUUCGAUGGAAAUUGUGGCGUCUGUUCAACUUAACGUGAUUAACAAGUCAGUAUAUAAUAUCGAGUAUUUAUGUUCAAAUACAUCAGUAAAACUCUUGAGAAAAUCGAAAAAUGAUCUCCCUAAAAGUACCAUCUCAAUCAGAUUUCCUUUUGGAAAAAGUACUCUCAUUGUUAAUCGGAACAAAAUUGAUGGUAGAAAAGUUGUCCACAAAAAAAAGAAAUCAUAAUAUUUUAUAUUUUCCCGUUUUUCUCCGUUUUUUCUCGGUUUUUCACAUUUGGUGAGAAAACUCUUGAGAAAAUUGAAAAAUGACCUUUCUAAAGUAUCACUUCAAGAAAAUUUUUUUUCAGAAAAAGGAUAACAUUGUAUACAUCGGAGUAAGCUUUCUGGUAGAAAAUUUGUAAACAUAAGAAAAAAAUUUAAUUAAAAAAAAAACCGAAUAACUUUGUAAAACCAAUACAGAAUGUAAAAUUGUUUAAAAGAGUUAUUUUAGAAUGAUGAUUUAUCAUAAUUUUGUAAAUUUUUACGUUUAGUUAUUCCAGUGGCACAACUAGGAUUUUGGAGAUCAAAUGAAAAAGUGAAUCUGGGUCUUAAGUAAUUUUUUUUGUUAUGUUCCGGGCUUAUCCAAUAGGACCUUAAAAAAAAGAGAUCGGCCUUAGAUCCCCGUGAAUGUAGGUGUUGUUAAAACUGUUUACAUAUUUUAUAUUUAGAAAUAAAUAUGAAAACUUAUUCACUGUAGACAGGAGAUCGUUUGAUAGUUGAUAAAUUUGAUUAUUUGUUUCACAUAUGAUUUAAAUUGUAAUCGUUAUGUUAUAAUAAAAUCGUAAACUGAUAUUUUUAUUUAUAUCUUCGGGGAAUGUUGUUAUUACUUAUGUAUAUAUUACCAUGAACUUAUUUUUAAUAAGUCCAUGGUAAUUAUUAAAUCUUAUUAUUAUUAUUAUUAUUAUUAUUAUUUAAUCUUAUUAAUUAAUAAUAUAACAAAUUUGAAAGUUGCUUAUAUGUCAUCUCCUUAUACUAUUCCAAAAUGUAAUAUAUAAUUUUGCAUUAUUAGAACUUGGCCAUGGUGUAAAUAAUUCAUCUUAAAAAUAUAUAACUAUCAUAUUUUAAAACUGAAAGUGUAAGCUACGUUUAAACUGCUUAUAUGAAUGCCACGUCACUGACGCAGUCGUGUAUCCAAAAACGUAACAUGCGCAUAAUCGUAACGUGCCCAUCAGCUGGUACACAUUUUUUUUUAUAAAUCUGUUUUUUUUUUCAGUAUUAAUAACAUUGGUGCUAAUGCUGCUAACAAUGUUAAUAUUGUUCAUAAUAUUAAUGCUGGUAACGGGACUGCAUCGCAGAGCUCAUUAAAUUUUACAGACAUUCCAUCUACAAGCAAAUCUCACCAGUGAGCGUAUAUACUUACCUAUGUACCUAUACUUUAAAUGUAGGUAAAGCGUUUAUGACAUACAAAUUGAAAGAACAAAACAAUAUUCUAAUUUUUGUUGUAAACGUACAACAAACCAUUUUUUUCGUUUUAUAUAAUAUUAUAAUAAAGUAUAGUGAAUAAUAUAGAUCUGAUGAUAUUUAUUUUUUUAAUUUCUUUAUAAGAAAUAUGAUUUUGGAAUAUGUUAAAAAACACAUUUAUAUUGAUUUAUUAUAAUAUAACACAAUUAAAGUUAAAACCUUAAUAUAUUAUUUAUUAAAACUAUAUUAAUGUGUACAUAAUAUGAAGAUAUUUUUUAAUAUAUUUUAAUGAUAACAUUAAUUAUCCAAAACUCUAUAACUGAGAGCAUAUCUUAUUGAUCUUAUUGAUAUCUUAUCUAUAUUGGAAAAUCGGUACAACAUUAAACAAAUAUUAUUAAAGAAAAUAUAUAAAGUCUAUUUUAUUUUUUUUACUAGCAAAUGACAUAAAUAUUGUUGACAAAGCAUCAUUAUAAACUGAAUUCCGCUCAGAAUCCUUCUGUGUCAUGGAUAUGCAUUUCAUGCAAAAAGUUUGUUGUAUCAAACACGUCACACGACUGUACUUAUGAUAUAAAAUCACAAAUUAGUAAUAGUAAGUAACUUACCAAGUAAUUUUAGUACAGGUUGUAUCAUUGAUUAUAGAAUCAAUACCUACUAUAGUAGAAUUUAACUAUUAAAAAUAGCAAUAUAUUAUUAACUAAAAUUAAGUAAAAUAAAUUUGAUGUUAUUAUUAUUAUUAUUANAAAUAAUAAAAAAAACCUUAAGAAAGUAUAGACGGUGAAAUAUUGUUGACAAAAUAAUAAUAAAUAUUCAUAAAUAGUAUAAUAUAAUAAUGAUAUUGUUAUAUUUUAAGAAAAAUGUGUGAUAAUAAUUAUCGCGCAUUUUUGUUGAAUGGUAAAUCAAUAGUGAUAGUGAGUGAUAAUUUUGGUUGUUGGUAGAACGACGGGUAAAAAUUAUUUCGCGCAAUCAAAAAGGAACUUGUCGUGUUCAAAACACACGAAAGGAAAUGACACGACGAAUUGAGGACUCCCCUAAAGAGUUCAGAGUGUAAUUUGUUAUCGAUCUAAAAAUAAACUCCCGUUCCUGUAGUCGUAAUCACGAUUUCAAGACUAUAAUACGUACGUGAAGUUAGGGGCCUAAAGCUAAGAACCUUUUUUGAUAAAAAAAAUAAUGUCAUGACCAUUGUAUAAUUUAAGUUGCCUACACCAAAGAAAUUAAAGGGGUAAUGUUUUACCAAUACAGAAUACUCAAUAGUUAUAAAUUUAACGCUAGAUGCCGCAAGUGUACCUCAUUAGGAUGUAACUAAAUAAUUUUACUAUUCUGUUUAUAACUGCUAAACUUAAAAAUUAUAAUAGUAAGUAUAAUUUUCAAACCGAUAUGACGACUUGAUUAGGGGCAUAUUGAACCCCGAAUAUGGUAUCAAAAUAACUUACGAAAGCCCCUCUUUAAGCCAAUAAUUUCAAUAUAUAUGUAUUUACAUUUCUAGAUUUCAUAUUUGUAUAAGAUAAUAUUUCUUAGAUAUAUUCAGAGAAUAUAAUAUACGAGUACAUUUAUAAUAUAUACACUCUGAUAAUAGUGUAUUCAAUUUUAUAAAAUUUCAAAUAAUGUGACUAAAUAUACAGUGUGCAUGUAUUAAAUUGUUUUUGUCCUAUUAAAUCUACGCAUAAUGUGCUACUAUAAAAUGAAAUAUUAAAAAAAUAAACAUUGAUCACUUUGAAUACAUUUGUAGUAAAUGUAUUUAGUUAUAAGACCGGUAUUAUAGCAAGCCUACAAAGUUUUUUUUGAAAAUAAAAUAGAAUGAUUUUAAAAUUGGGUUAGAAUAAAUUAGAAUAAUAUAUUUUAUUAUUGUAGAAAAAUAUACAUAAAAGUUUUUUUUUUUAAAAAAAACAUAGAAAAACCAUUGUCUCAAAAGAACUGCCUUAAAGGAACCAUAUAAAGUAGUAAGCAUAUACAUAGUGAUAAUGUUUUAUUAACAUGGAAGCGUUAAGCAAAAUAGCAGAUGAGCUAUAUCGACCAGCAAAACGCAUAUUUCCUAGACGGAAUGUAAUGUCUCUUUUCAAGGAUGAUCUUUGGCAAAAUGACCUAAUAGAUAUGCAAUGUCAUUCUAUGAAAAUUAGUGGAUUUAAAUAUAUUUUAAUUAUAAUAAACACGUGUUCUAAAUAUGUAUGGGUACAAUCUUUAAAAAAUAAAAGUAGCACAGAGGUUACAAAAAAUUUGUAAAUAUAUUACAAACCAAUCAACCAAAAGUAUUACAAACUGAUAAUGGAACGAAGUUUUACAAUCAACCGGUUCAAGAUCACAUGAACAAAUAUAAUAUUUAACAUUACAGUACAAACAGUAGCAUAAAUGCAGGUAUGAUUGAACGUGUUAUAAGGACAAUACAAAAUACAAUUUACUAACAUUUGACAUCAUCAGGUAUAUGGAAUUGGUACAAAUCAAUUUCAAAACUAAUAACUAAUUACAUUAAUACUAAACAUUCAAUGAUUAAAUGCACACCAUUUGAAGCUAGAAAAAAACAUUAAAAAUAUUUCGUUUUAUAUUGUUCUAACCUGAUACUGUUAAAUAUUCAAUCUAACCCCAAUAAUUCUCUUCGCAUUUAUAGUUUUUGAUUCUAUGGCUAGUGUAUUCUCUUUUUUGUACACCGUACUCGAUAAGGUUGCAGCUUCGGUGUACAGAAAAUCAUUAUCGGUAACACGAAUGGAAAACUGAUUUAUUAGAUUGUAUAAUUUUUCAUUCUGUAAAUUAAUAUUGAUUUCAUGCUUAUCAGUCUACUGGCUGCGUGAAGUAAAGCUAUUUUGUACAGUGGCAGCUUUGAGGGUGGAGCAAGUGAGGUAGUGCCUCACUUAAAAUUUUAUAUUCGAUAANUUAUUUUUAGAUCGAUAACAAAUUACACUCUGAACUCUUUAGGGGAGUCCUCAAUUCGUCGUGUCAUUUCCUUUCGUGUGUUUUGAACACGACAAGUUCCUUUUUGAUUGCGCGAAAUAAUUUUUACCCGUCGUUCUACCAACAACCAAAAUUAUCACUCACUAUCACUAUUAAUUUACCAUUCAACAAAAAUGCGCGAUAAUUAUUAUCACACAUUUUUCUUAAAAUAUAACAAUAUCAUUAUUAUAUUAUACUAUUUAUGAAUAUUUAUUAUUAUUUUGUCAACAAUAUUUCACCGUCUAUACUUUCUUAAGGUUUUUUUUAUUAUUUAUACUAUUUUCUGUCAAAAAAGGCGAUUUCAUUGAAUUAUUACCUAAACAGUAUUCACUUUAUUAAUAUAAUUUACUUGUAUUAUUAUACGAUUAACGAUUGACGUGUUUGAUACAACAAACUUUUUGCAUGAAGUGCAUAUCCAUGACACAGAAGGAUUCUGAGCGGAGUUCAGUUUAUAAUGAUGCUUUGUCAACAAUAUUUAUGUCAUUUGCUAGUAAAAAAAAUAAAAUAGACUUUAUAUAUUUUUUAUAUAUUUUAUAUUUUCUUUAAUAAUAUUUGUUUAAUGUUGUACCGAUUUUCCAAUUUCCCUACGUUUUUCCUGGUUUUCUCGUGUUUUAUUCCGGGUUUUCACAUUUGCUAGGAAAACUUCUGAAAAAAUCGAAAAAUGACCUCUCUAUCUAAAUUAACUCCCUAGUGAAAUUCCCUUGUAGAAACAUUACUAUCAUUAAAAUUUAAAGAAGUUAAAGCGAAAUUAUUAGUUGAAUAGUUGUACACAGGAAAAAAUAGUAAUUUUUUAGCAAUAUAUUUAGUACAUUUUCCCGUUUUUAUCGGUUUUUCAAAUUUGAUGAGAAAACUAUUGAAAAAAUCAUAAAAUAAUCUCUUAAUAAUAAAUAAAUUUGAAAUACUUUCUCGUCCCGAUUUCCUUUCAUAAAAAGUGCUACACUUAGAAAUCCAAACAAGUCUUCUGAUAGAAAAGUUGAUAAUAGAUAAAAAAAAAAAAAAAACUCCUUUGUAAAACCACAAGCGUUUCUUCGUUCCACUCAAAGUAUAAAAAUGAUUUUUAUUAAUUAUAAACAUACGCGGUUAACUAUGGUGUUUAUGAUUUUUCGUUAUGUUUUUAAAAUAAAUAAUAUAAUAUAUUAUGUAUAGUUGAAUUGGUUGAUAGUGAUUUUUUGAUUGUAGUUGUAAUAACUUUAGACUACCUAUCACAAAUGCAGUAUCUACUUAAUUUUGCCAAUAAAGGUAUAAACUAUACAUAUUUGAUUUAAGAAAAAGAAAAUUAUUCAGAAUGAUUUUUAAGUUUAAUAACAACAACUAAUGAUUAAAAUAUUAUUGAAUAAUAUUGUUAACAAGCAAAAAAGUUCAAAAUGAAAGAAAACCCAUCUUUCCAAUAUUUGCAUUUUUGUAGAUAUUGCCUUUCAUUAUGGCAGAGCAGCAUAAGAAUUACUAUUGCAGUAUUGCACAAAUAUACCUACGAGGUGUGGCAAUUAAAAAACGAGAAUUUUUUUCUAGCUCCUAUAGUGGUAAUACUGAUAUCUUGAAAAUUUGUUGACGUAAAGUUCAGGAGAUUUUACACAACCCUGCCAAGUUUGAUAGUGAUCGGUGUUAUAUCUUGUGCUCUGUGAUUUUUUUUAAAAUUAGUAGUGUAGUGUCGUUACGUACAAAAUUGUGUAACGUAAAAAACGAGCAACGAAUUGUCAUCAAGUUUCUGGUCAAAUCUGGCGAAAAACUGGACGAAAUUUUUCGUAAAUUGCAACGUGUGUUCGGUAAUGACUGCUUGUCAAAACCACGUGUGUACGAAUGGGUCGCACGUUUUGCAUUAGGCCGAGAACCAACGCAAGAUGAUGCAAGGUCAGGUGCCCCUAAAAUCGUGCACACUAGGUAA